AUGAAACGAACGCGUGAUCUGGUUUACAAGCCAUACGAUACGGCUAACAAUAUCUCUCGUGACUUUUAUUCGGUGAAGAAGAAUAAAGAUGAGGUGUACUUCAUCGGACAAGAGAGGGAGGUGAAGACGAAGAAGUCGGAACCCAAGGAAGACGCGCCAAGCCCGACUAAGCCGGAAUCAGCCCCCACCACGACUACAACCACCGCACCAGCAUCAGCACCAACCGCAGCCAUCGUAGCAGGACCUGUCGAUGAUGCUCCGGUUGCUGCAUCGGAGAUUGUUAGGACUAUCGUAUCCAUCGCUCUUAAGAAGCCCGCCAAGGAUGUCGCCUUUGACCAAUCGGUUAAGGCUUUGUCAGGAGGACGCUCUACGCUUCAGAAUGAGAUCACGGGAGACAUUGAUGCUGAGUUCGGUUCAGCACCAGAUGGUGCUGAGGAGUUGCCGCUCAAUGACUUGAGCUCGCUACUUCAGAAAUCCUUCUCUGGGUCACUAGGAAAGCGAACAAAAUCUCUCGCCGACAAGUUCUUUACGGCGAAGAUGCCUGGCGGCUUCAACCAAUCCAAGGCACGCGAAAUUUUGCAAGCUGAGUAUGGAUUUUCUUCCGGGCGACAGGACUCCAUCAUCCUCAUGGCGCUUCAGACUCCCCCAGCUGCCCGCCUGGGCUCUGAGGCAGAAGCGAAGGAAUUCUGGUCAAACACUGUCCACGCUUAUAUCACCGCAACCGGCGUUCAGAUUAACAAGGCACGAGCAGCUGGAGGUUCGUCUUCAUCCGCAGCGGUUGCUAUUGACCCCAAGGCGCUUGAAGUGCUCAACAAGCGAUCAAAUGACUUCCAUCGCGAGGUCUACGAGGCUUACGCACGCCACCUGGGCGAGAACACCAACGCCGCAGCGGAAGAGGUUGCGCAGCUCAAGAGUGAUAUGCAAAAUCUCCAGAACGAGCUUGAUCUAUGGAAUCUUGAACACGGAAACGAGUAUGCGAAUGGCAUCAAGCCGUACUUCGACAAGCGCAAAGCGCGCGUGUACGAUUCCUUCUGGAACUGGGCUCUACAGGAUCUCUUCAAGAUCUACCAUGGUGUUCGACAGGGCUAUCUCCAAUUGCAAUCAGACGAGGUUGCUAGAAGACGCCACCUUCUUCUUAACCGCUGCAGCAAGCGACUCAUCAAUGUGCUUCGCCACAUGAUUGCUGAUAUGAAGAAGUCUCAUGCUCGCGCUAUUGCCGUUGAGAUGUGGUUCGAAGAGCUUUUGGAAGACUGCACCCUGGCCAUGCAAGAGGCUCCCACCUAUGUUGCCUCAAGCAAAGUCAUGGCUCCCCACACCACAAUUGACGCUAACGGGUCCAUCAACUUCAUUGAAACCCCUUGUGCUCGCCGCGGAUCGGCAGCUCGCGUUGGUGGACAAAGUGCCGAGGCCCUGGCUUUCGAAGCUGCCAUUGCAUCUAAGAACAGCAAAGGCAAUGCACCACAAGCGUUCGGACUGGGUCUUCUGCCCCCCACCCCUGCGAUGACACCAGAGAUGACCGCUAGCAACUCCUCAGACUCGGACGAGGAUUCAGCUUCACUACCGGACAAGCAUGACGUCCGUGACAACCACUAUCCACAAAUUCAGACCAAGUGCGAUGGUGUUUGGAAGAACACCGAGGAUCUCAGCAACAACUACGCUGAAAUCUUGAAUCGGGCGAUGACUACCGGAAUUGGAUUCCAGGGCAAGAACGUGCUCAUCACAGGUGCUGGCCGCGGAUCCAUUGGCGCAAAGAUCGUUCAAGGUCUGCUGUCUGGAGGCGCUCGGGUGGUUGUUACCACCAGCUCCUACGCCAAAGCAACUAAGUUCUUCCAAAAGAUGUUUUCCAAAUUUGGAUCAAAGGGCUCUAGUCUCAUGGUUCUUCCUUACAAUGCUGGUAGCAACCAGGAUACUGAAGGCCUCGUUGAGUACAUCUAUAGUCUGAACGAUUCCGAGUGGGAUCUCGACCACGUCAUUCCUUUCGCGGCCAUUGCGGAGACCGCCAAUGGUAUCGAACUCGGACCCAAGUCUGAAUUGGCUCACCGAAUGAUGCUUACCAAUACUCUUCGCCUCCUCGGAGCUAUCAAGAAGGCCAAGGAAGCUCGUCACAUUACCACUCGCCCGGCUCAGGUCAUUUUGCCAUUGUCGCCCAACCAUGGCGUCUUCGGUGGCGACGGCCUGUACUCUGAAUCCAAGCUUGGUCUCGAGGGUCUUUUGAAUAAGUGGCACACUGAGGAUUGGUCCGAGUAUCUUUCCGUCUGUGGUGCCGUCAUUGGCUGGACACGUGGUACAGGUUUGAUGAACGACAACGACAUGGUUGCCGAAGGCGUCGAAGCCCUUGGAGUCAAGACCUUCUCGCAAGAUGAGAUGGCUGUCAACAUCAUGGGCUUGAUGGCUUCUCCACUCCUUGAGAUGAUGCAUGAAGAGCCUCUCAUGGCCGAUCUUAGUGGAGGCAUGAGCUCUAUCGCCAAUCUGAAAGAAGAGGUAGCUGCUAUCCGCAAGGAGAUCUCCGACAUCAGCUCCAGCCGCCGCGCCCUCGUCAGGGAAGAGAAGGCUGAGUUCGAUGGACCUAGCAUCAAGGCCGCCGCCAACAAUCUAGCGCCUUUCAAGAAGCGUGCUAAUAUCCGAUUUGACUUCCCUAAGCCUCUUGAUUACGCCACAGACAUUGAGCCUCUUUCCAACCUCGAAGGUAUGAUUGACCUCGAGAAGGUUGUUGUCGUUGUCGGAUUCGGUGAGGUUGGUCCUCAUGGAAGCUCUCGAACCCGCUGGCAGAUGGAAUCUAUGGGACAGUUCAGUCUGGAAGGUUUCAUUGAAAUGGCCUGGAUCAUGGGCUUGAUCGAAUACCAGAGCGCUGAAGGUGUUCCUUACAGCGGCUGGAUCGAGAAGGAGACCAAGAAGCCUCUCACCGAUGCCGAGAUCAAGCAGAAGUACGAGGACCAUAUUCUGAAGCACAGCGGUAUCCGCAUGCUAGACGCUCGCGGCAUCGAAGGCCCUGAUCCUGCUGCCCGACAGGUCCUACAUGAGAUUGACCUGCAGCAUGAUUUUGCUCCCUUCGAGGCGUCCAAGGAAACUGCAGCUGACCUUUUGCGCGAGAAUGGCAACAAGGUCACUGUUAAGCCAGUUGAAGGAAGCGAUAACUGUAUCAUCACCUUGCACAAGGGUGCUCGUUUGAUGGUGCCCAAAGCACUUGCUUUUGAUCGCACAGUAGGCGCACAGGUGCCAAAGGGUUGGUGUGCAAAGACAUAUGGUAUUCACGAGGAUAUCGUCAAUCAAGUCGACCCCGCUGUUCUCUUCGCAUUGGUGUGCACGGCUGAAGCUCUUCUCUCUGCCGGUAUUACUGACCCCUACGAGUUCUACAAGUACAUCCAUGUUUCGCAACUGGGUGUCGCAGUCGGCUCCGGUUUUGGUGGUGCUACUUCGUACUUAGAGAUGUACAGGGAGCGUUUCUUGGACAAGCCAGUCCAGAACGACAUUCUCGCCGAGUCAUUCUUGAACACUGGUAGCGCGUGGAUCAACAUGUUGCUGUUGUCCUCCUGCGGGCCAAAUCUUACCCCUGUAGGUGCGUGCGCCACCGCGCUGGAGUCGCUAGACAUUGGGUAUGAAUCCAUCGCGAGCGGAAAGGCAAAGGCCAUCAUUGUAGGUGGCUACGACUACCUUGCCAAAGAUGUUGCCGUCGAAUUUGCCAAUAUGAAGGCUACCAACAACUGUGAAGAAGACUUCGCUAAGGGCCGUACUGCCGCUGAGAUGUCUCGUCCUGCGACCACUACCCGCAGUGGCUUUGUCGAAGCCGAGGGUGGUGGCAUCCAGGUGCUCACUAACGCCAAGCUUGCUCUCGAGAUGGGUCUCCCCAUCUAUGGUGUCAUCGCCAUGACGCGAACUGCCAGUGACAAGGCUGGUAGGUCCCUUCCUGCACCAGGCCGCGGUGUUAUCAACUUCAGCGGUGCGUCCAAGAGUAACUUCGACUCGCCACUCCUUAGUAUGAGCUUCCGUAAGCGUCAAAUCGAACUUCGUAUGAGCCAGAUCAAGGAGACCGAGCAAUCUGAAGUCGACUACCUCGAGCACGAAAUCAAAUCAUACAAGAGCGGUCACGUCGACUUCGACAUUGAGGAUUACCGCCAACAUCGCAUGUCUUCCAUCAAGGCCGAUAGCAAUAAGCAGCGAUCCGAGGUCCUCAACAGCUAUGGAAACGAAUUCUGGAAGCGUGAUUCCAAGAUCUCUCCGAUGCGCGGUGCUCUCGCCACAUGGGGUCUCACCGUCGACGACAUCCAAGUUGCCUCCUUCCACGGUACCUCCACUGUCAAGAACGAGCUCAACGAAUGCGGCGUCAUCCAGGAGCAGAUGACACAGCUCGGUCGUGCAAAGGGUAACCCUGUCCUCGCCGUCUUCCAAAAGCAUCUCACUGGUCACCCCAAGGGCCCCGCUGCGGCCUGGAUGCUUAACGGUGCACUUCAAAUCAUGGAGACCGGUCUUAUUCCGGGCAACAGGAACGCCGACAACAUCGACAAUGCGCUCGAAAAGUUCGACCACAUCGCCUUCCCAAGCGAGACCAUCCACACGAGUGAAGACGUCAAAGCCUUCAUCGUCAGCUCCUUUGGCUUUGGACAGAAGGGUGCCCAAGCCAUCGGCAUCCACCCCAAGUACCUCUUUGCCGCUGCAGGCGAGGAUGCGUACACUGCCUACCGUGAGAAGGUACAGCAGCGACAGGACAAAGCGUACCACCACUUCCACAAGUCCAUGAUGACGAACGCUAUGUUUCAAGCCAAGGACGAACCCCCUUACUCCAAGGAAAUGGAGACAGAGUUCCUCACGAACCCUGACGCCCGAUUGCCUAUGGACAUGGAGCUCUAAUUGCCUCCACCAUGCAACUGGAAGUUUCUUUCCUUUGUUUCUUUCAGUGUCAUUAAUGUUGUUUUAUUUUUCUAAGCAUAAAAAGAUCGGAUAGACAGAAAACUCCAGUAUAUAGAUGUAGUUAUAGUUGCGGGAGUAUUAUCUGGUUAGGUUGUUCACUUCGGUGCAUUUGUUCUGGAUUUAACCCUUUUUUAUUCUUUCUGAUACAACCUAUUUUGAGUUCAAUCUGUAGAUAUCAAAUAUUCUUCAAUACAAAUGAU